GGGAGGAGACACAGCCAAAAAUCCACACCAUCACCACCACCACUCUAGUACCACACAACACUACCUCCGCUCCUGGGACGCACUCCCCUCGCUUCUCCUUUCCGUCUCCUCAGACGAAAAUCACUCACCAUUCGGUUCGAGCAAUGCCCUCAUGCUGACGACUCCACCAACAUAAGAACAAGAGCACCCAUCCCACUCACAAGUCCCUCUCAUCUCCUUCCCUAUCCUAGUUCCAUACUUCCAUUGCUGCAAGAAAGCGCCUAGGUAGGCGGUGCGGUCAGCAAGAUGGCGAGGGGUGGCAGCGCCGUGGCUGUCCUCUCCUUCCUCCUCGGCCUCCCGCUCCUCUCCGUCCUCGUCGCCGGCGAGGACCCGUACCGGUUCUUCACGUGGAACGUCAGCUACGGCGACAUCUACCCGCUCGGAGUCAAGCAGCAGGGAAUACUGAUCAAUGGGCAGUUCCCGGGGCCGCAGAUAGAGGCCGUCACCAACGACAACCUCGUCGUCAAUGUCUUCAACAAGCUCAACGAGCCAUUCCUCCUCUCCUGGAGCGGGUUACAGCAGCGGCGGAACUCGUUCGAGGACGGCGUGGCCGGGACGACGUGCCCGAUCCCGCCGGGCGCCAACUUCACAUACAUCCUGCAGGCCAAGGACCAGAUCGGCACCUACUUCUACUUCCCCUCCCUCGCCUUCCACAAGGCCGCCGGCGGCUUCGGCGGCAUCCGCGUCCUCAGCCGCCCCAGGAUCCCAGUCCCCUUCCCUCCCCCGGCCGCCGACUACACCGUCCUCAUCGGCGACUGGUACAAGACCAACCAUACCGAUUUGAGGUACAUGCUUGACAGUGGCAAGGCUCUUGGCUUCCCCGAUGGCCUGCUCAUCAACGGGCGCGGCUGGAACGGCUACACCUUCACCGUCCAGCCCGGCAUGACGUACCGCUUCCGGAUCACCAACGUCGGGCUGGCCACGUCCCUCAACAUCAGGUUCCAGGGGCACACCAUGAAGCUGGUGGAGGUGGAGGGCUCGCACACCAUGCAGACCGCCUACUCCUCCCUGGACGUGCACCUUGGCCAGUCCUACUCGGUGCUCCUCACGGCCGACCAGCCUGGCUUCGACUACUCCAUCGUCGUCUCCACGCGCUUCACCACCAAGAUCAUAUCCACCACCGCCGUCCUGCACUACGCCAACUCCGCCGGCAAGGCUCCCGGCCCGCUGCCGGGAGGCCCCACCACCCAGAUCGACUGGUCGCUCAACCAGGCCCGCUCUAUCAGAUGGAACCUGACGGCGAGCGGGCCGAGGCCCAACCCGCAGGGCUCGUACCACUACGGCCAGGUGCCCACCACCAAGACCAUCAGGCUGGCCAACUCGGCGGCCACCAUCAACGGCAAGCAGAGGUACGCGGUGAACAGCGUGUCGCACGUCAACGCAGACACACCCCUCAAGAUCGCCGACUACUACAAGAUCCCCGGCGUGUUCUCGGUGGGCACCAUCUCUGACAGCCCGACAUACGGCGGUGCCUACCUUCGGACGUCGGUCAUGGGGGCCGACUACAGAGGUUACGUCGAGAUUGUGUUUGAGAACUCUGAGAACGAGGUGCAGUCGUGGCACAUCGACGGCUACGCCUUCUGGGUUGUCGGAAUGAAUGGAGGAAAAUGGUCGCCGGCAAGCAGGCAGAUCUACAACUUGAGGGAUGGCGUUUCACGGUACACUGUUCAGGUUUACCCCAAUGCAUGGACUGCAAUCUACAUGCCCCUUGACAACGUGGGCAUGUGGAACGUUCGAUCGGAGACCUGGGCCAGGCAGUACCUGGGGCAGCAGUUCUACCUCCGCGUCUGGACGCCGUCGACGUCGUGGCGCGACGAGUUCCCGAUCCCCAAGAACGCCCUCCUGUGCGGCCGAGCUGCCGGCCGCAGAACAAGGCCUUUCUGACGAGUUAAGCCACACGGCCAACCAAGUUUGUCAUGAGAGGAUGACAGCUUGGCCUGGAGCAGACAUAAAAAAAGUUACCAUGAGAAAAAGGCUCAGAAAGAAGAGUUACCUGAAGGCAGAUUGUCGUACAUUUGCAAUUGAACUUUUAGUGCCAGCUUGAUUCUUUCUACUAUAAUUGUUUUGGUGGUGGGUAUAAUUAGUCAUGUAGUAGCAUCUUAGCUUCGUUAUUCCGAUCCUUAAUAGAUAUAGACAAAAGAGUGUAUGCUUUGUCAAGCUGAUUUCGUGAGAACUUA